ACGUGAUGUGAGGGGCGGGCGGCGUCAAGUACUUUACAUAUAUGUCACCUCCCCUGAACUGUGCCGAGGGUUGAGAAAGUUUAUGAGAGGAGGGCAGAGAGAAGACAAGGCGCGGCCGGCUCGGAGCGCCCUCUGCACAAACCUCCUGCUCGGCUUCAUUGUGUUUCAGGAGGAGGAAGAAGCUGUUAGUAAUAAUAUGGAUGCUUUAAAAUCAGCCGGACGGGCGAUCAUUAGGAGUCCCAGCAUCGCGAAACAAAGCUGGGGGAGCGGUAAACACAAAAAAUUGCCAGAAAACUGGACAGACACGAGAGAAACGCUGCAGGAAGGAAUGAUAUUUAAUCUCAAAUAUCUUGGCAUGACUCUUGUGGAGGAACCAAAAGGAGAAGAUAUGUCUUCUGCCGCUGUCCGGCGGAUAGUUAUUAUGGCCAAAGCAAGCGGGAAGAAAUUUCCAAAAGUGGUGUUGACCGUGUCACCGCGGGGAAUCAUUCUACACGACUCCACAAGUAACGAAUUAAUCGAAAACAUCUCCAUCUACAGGAUAUCCUAUUGUACGGCAGACAAAGUACAUGAUAAAGUUUUUGCCUACAUUGCUCAGAGCCAGUUGAACGAGACAUUGGAAUGCCAUGCCUUCCUGUGCACAAAGAAAAAGCUGGCUCAAGCAGUGACAUUAACAGUGGCUCAAGCUUUCAAAAUAGCUUUUGAAUUCUGGCAAGCAGCCAAAGAAGAGAAAGGGAAAAGAGCAGCGGUUGUGACAGCUGAUAGUGGAGCCACUGGGAAACCUUGUUCGGAGAAAUCCACCAAUAACCAUUUCAAAACUGGGGGCAAUUUCCAGAAGCCAAUAAAACUACAAACCUGCACGUCUUUGCGAUGUGGGAGAAAACUGGAGGAAAGCCAUGUGAUCGCAGAAGUAGCGACAGGGGAUUUGUUGGAUUUAACAGAAGGUGCAAAACCUGCAAACCAUAGAAGAGAGCUGUCCGACGCAGAUAAGAAAUACUCUGCCAAUGACAACCUUGUGUGGGAAAUAAACGAUGAUUUGGAUGAAGCCUUUGCAAGGCUGGCUCAGUCUCGAACAAAUCCUCAGUUUCUGGACAUCGGGGUAAGCCCUCAGGACAUGCAGACGGAAGAGUGUUUAACUCCAACGGACUGGGAAAAAAGUGACGUUGGAGUCACUGAAAAAGAUGACCUGUUUGGGCUCUGAUACCUCGAGGGCCAUGGAGAAUGAAUGGCUUGGCCCCAAAAUGAAACUGACCUCCCUGUGUGAAACGAAGCUCGGCACCUUCUGACUGUUAAGACGGAAUACUUGAAGGGUCGUUUAUGGAAAGGAACUUUGAUUUGAGCGACUGUGUUGUUGCAGGACUGAAACAGAGGAUUAAUCUCCUUAAUCUUGUGCUGCUGCCUUUAAAGAUGUCCAGACCAAAGCUAUCAAACGGACUUGAAAUAAAUCUAUUCAACCACUCACAUUCCAUCCUUGGUUGGUGUUGAUAGGCUGCACGUUGCCUAUGCAUUUGAAAAGUUACUAGUGAAAAUAAAUUCCUUAAAAGACUACAUGUAGAUAAAUGAUUUGCAAUAAAUAUUAACCAAUUAUAAAA